AUUUGCGAUUUAAAAACGGAUAUGGCCUUUAUUAUUGACACGUCGGGUAGUGUCGAGCAAAUUUAUGAACGACAAAUAAAUUGGACUAUUCGUUUAAUUGAUGAAUUACCGAUUGAUCAACAGAACGUUCGAUUGGCUGUUAUUCAAUAUGCCAAAUAUCCAACAACUGAAUUCUCGCUUGGCACAUAUAUUAGUUCGAAAAAUAUCAAAAAGCAUUUAUCGAAAAUCAAAUUUCAGUCGGGAGUGACGCGAACUGGUUAUGCGCUUCGUAAAGUUGAAACGGAAUUAUUCGAUGAACGAAAAGGUGCAAGACCUGAUGCUUCAAAAGUUAUCGUACUUUUCACGGAUGGCCUAUCGGUUGACGAUCCACUAAAACCGGCGAGUCAAUUGCGUAAAAAUAAAAAUGUUAAAAUUUAUGUGGUUACUGUUGGUUCAGACGGUUUCGAAGUAGAAAUGGAACGAAUCGCUGGAGAAAAAGCCAAUGUCUUUGGUGAGAUUGGAAUUAAUUGCGAAAAGUUUAAAUCGAAGAUUUCUUUUUUCACAGGAAAAUAUUAUGGCACAGAAUCGUCCAAAUAUUCCAACCACAAGGUAUUUUUUAAUUUUUCAUCGUUUUUUUGUUCGGGCUCUGUCCAAGAUAUUUACGAUCAACAAAAGGAUUUCCUUCUUUCAUUACUAUCAGAAAUAGAAGUUGGUGAAAAAUCACAACGAGUCGCACUACUCCAAUUUGCUGGUAGCGCUCACCAACGAACUGAAUGGGCUUUUGAUACUUUUGACGAAAAGGAAUCUAUUAUGCGAGCGAUGGCACAAGUUCGCCAUUUUACAGGUACAACCUACAUAGGUCGAGCUUUACAAGCCUCAUUAAAUCUCUUGGAACAAAGAAGGCGCAACGUACCAACAACAGUUAUCUUAGUUAGUGAUGGUUUUUCGCAAGACGACGCAAUUAAACCAGCCGAAGUAAUUCGAAAAUUGCCUAAUCUCGAAUUGUAUGCCGCAAGUUUAUCAGAGUUAAAUAACUAG